CACUAGAGGUGCUGAUUGGCUGGGAGAGUAGGGGCGGAAAAGAGAAGAGCGAGGGACGUGCGAGGGAUGGGGGUUGUUUGAGAGCGGAAUCCAGGACGUUUAAAGCUGUGUACAUUGGGCCGGCUCAAUGGGCACAUAGAGCUGCCACCAGGAGCCGCCUGUAGGUCGGUGCACAUAUAAAGGCUUCCCAGUGUACCUGCUGUGAGGCGGAUGAGGGGGGGAUAGUCGUUGCAGGCACCUGGCGCUGUUUGCGAUCUGCAGCACCGGCAGCAGUGUUACACACAGAGAGCUGUGCAGGACAGAUGGGGAGGCUGUAGGGCAUGAGGCAGCCAGAAGCACAACUUGCCCGGGAUGUGUUCGUGUCUUGUCCCUCACAGCUUCAUUACACCGAGGAAAGGACAUGAUCAGCCCAAUCACAAGUGCCUUUGAUUUGCUCGCGACCCAUUGGAGUUGGGAAAUGGCAUAGAGCAGCCCUGUCACUCACUUCUCCUCCCCCUCAUAGACACACUUCUCACUAUCCCACUAGCAACAAAGUGCUGCGCGUAGGGCACGAGACAUUGCAACUUGCCAGCCACUGCGGGAGAGGAUGAAAGGAAAGGCUUCCGUGUGUGCAAGUGACAGCGAGCGAUGGCCCAUGUAAAGCCCCGAGUCCGAGGCAGCAUGUUGGCAGAAAGCUCGGUGCCUUCCUUUCCCCCGGGUAACGGCAUGAGCGGCUGCUAUGGCUGGAGACAGUGAGAGGCAAGAGCAGGACAAGAGCUUCUUUCCCAGUCCCACGUUAAUAGAAGACAGCGGGAUGAGGAACGGCAGAGGGCUGCAGGAGCAGUGGGCUGACACCGUGGCAGUGAGAAGCAGGAGCACAGAAAGGCACAUGACUGUUCAUAGGAAGCUGCUGCUGCUGGCAUUUGCCGUCUCUAUCCUGGCUCUCAUCGUGGUCACUAUUGUCGCGGUGCUGCUCAGCGUUCGCUUUGAGGAAUGUCCAGACGGAUCCAGCAGGGUGAUUAACAGCAGCGUCCUGGAGGCGGCCCGCUUCAACCACAACCCACAGGGAGACAAGGAUUCGGGGCCAGGGACCCAGCGGCCGCCACUGAAAGAGCCCGAGGAGGAAUGGAAGCCUUGGACUUACCUGAGGUUACCCACUCACCUGAGACCCCUGCACUACAACCUCAUUCUCUCCGCCUUCAUGAACAACUUCACUUUCAGCGGGGAACUCAAUGUGGAGAUCGAGUGCGUGAACUCCAGCAGAUACAUCGUUGUCCAUGCCCACAGGCUGGCGGUGGAGAGGGUGCAGGUGGCCGAGGACAGGGUGGCCGGGGAGGUGAACGUCUCUCAUUAUUUUGCUUAUCCGCAAAACCAAGUUCUGGUGGUGGUUUUAAACAGAUCCCUGGAGGCCCAGAAAAGUUAUAACCUGAAGAUCGUUUAUAGUGCCAUCAUAGAGAAUGAGCUCCUCGGCUUCUUCCGGAGCUCCUAUGUGCUGCAUGGAGAGAGAAGAUUCCUUGCUGUUACUCAGUUUUCCCCUAUUCACGCCAGAAAAGCCUUCCCCUGUUUUGAUGAGCCCAUCUACAAGGCUACAUUCAAAAUAAGUAUUAGGCAUCAGACCUCUUACCUUUCUUUGUCAAAUAUGCCUGUGGAAACCUCUGUUUUCGAAGAAGGUGGAUGGGUUACAGAUCAUUUUUCACAAACUCCUUUAAUGUCCACUUACUACUUUGCCUGGGCAGUGUGCAAUUUUACCUUUAAGGAAGCUGUAACACAGAGUGGUGUUAUUGUGAGAUUGUAUGCACGUCCUGAUGCCAUCAGAAGAGGAUCUGGGGAUUAUGCCCUUAAUAUCACAAAGAAACUCCUAGAAUUUUAUGAAGAUUACUUCAGAGUCCCAUACUCAUUACCAAAAUUAGAUUUAUUAGCUGUGCCUAAACACCCUUAUGCUGCUAUGGAAAACUGGGGUCUAAGUGUAUUUGUGGAGCAAAGAAUACUUCUUGACGCAAGCAUUUCUUCCAUUUCCUAUUUACUUGAUGUUACUAUGGUCAUUGUACAUGAAAUUUGCCACCAGUGGUUUGGAGAUCUGGUGACACCUAUUUGGUGGGAAGAUGUAUGGCUAAAAGAAGGUCUUGCUCACUAUUUCGAAUUUGUUGGAACAGACUACCUCUAUCCUGGAUGGAAUAUGGAAAAGCAAAGAUUUCUGACAGAUGUCUUACAUGAGGUCAUGCUGUUAGAUGGAUUGGCUAGUUCACAUCCAGUUUCUCAAGAGGUUUUGAAGGCUACAGAUAUUGAUCGUGUGUUUGACUGGAUUGCUUACAAAAAGGGUGCAGCCCUAAUUCGAAUGCUGGCUAAUUUUAUGGGUCAUAAAGUGUUUCAGAGAGGACUACAAGAUUAUUUGACAACUCAUAAAUAUGGCAAUGCUGCACGAAAUGAUCUGUGGAACACACUUUCCAAGGUUCUGAAAAAUGAAGGUAAAUUACUGAACAUCAGGGAGGUAAUGGAUCAAUGGACACUUCAGAUGGGCUAUCCUGUAAUAACAAUCCUAAGAAAUGAAACAACAGAUGAUAUCAUAACAAUUACUCAAGAGCACUUCUUAUACAAUAUAGAUAAACGGAUUAGAGACACCGAGCUCAGAAAUAAAAGCUCGCUUUGGCAGAUUCCAUUAACGAUUGCAGUAGGAAAUACAAGUCACAUUUCUCCCCAGGCAAUUAUAUGGGUGUCUAACAAAUCAGAAUACCACCGAAUUCCUUCUUUGGAUGAAAGUAAUUGGGUACUGGGAAACCUUGAUCAAAUUGGCUACUUCAGGGUUAACUAUGAUGUCAGGAACUGGAGAUUACUAACUGACCAGUUAAUGAGGAACUCUGAGGUCAUUUCUGUCAGCAAUCGAGCUGGACUGAUUGAUGAUGCUUUCAAUUUGGCAAGAGCUGGAUAUCUGACUCAGAAUAUUCCCCUGGAGAUCAUCAGAUACCUUUCUAAAGAGAAGGAUUUUCUUCCCUGGCAUGCAGCAAGCCGAGCUCUUUAUCCUCUAGAUAAAUUGCUGGACCGAACGGAGGACUACAGUAUAUUCAGUGAAUAUAUAUUAAAACAAGUGUCCACAAUGUACUUUCAUCUAGGAUGGCCAACAAAUGGACAGAAUGGAUCAGCAGUUCCGACAUCCUACCAGACAGAGGAGCUUAGACGAGAAGUCAUUAUGUUAGCCUGUAGUUUUGGGAAUAAACAGUGUCACCAGAAAGCAGCAACUAUGAUAUCAGACUGGAUCUCCAGCAACAGAAAUCGAAUUCCACCAAACGUCCGUGACAUAGUCUAUUGCACAGGAGUAUCCCUAAUGGAUGAAGAUGUAUGGGAAUUCAUUUGGAUGAAAUUUCAUUCUUCCACAGCUGUAUCAGAAAAGAAAAUUCUAUUAGAAGCUUUGACCUGCAGUGAUAAUAGAAACUUACUGAAUAGGCUUUUGAAUCUGUCCUUGAACUCAGAAGUGGUAUUGGAUCAAGAUGCUAUUGAUGUUAUUAUUCACGUGGCAAGAAACCCGCAUGGCAGAGAUUUAGCUUGGAAAUUCUUCAGAGACAAAUGGAAGAUUUUAAAUGCUAGAUAUGGAGAAGCAUUGUUUAUGAAUUCAAAGCUCAUUAGUGGAGUAACUGAAUUUCUCAAUACAGAAGAAGAACUAAAUGAGCUGAAAGAUUUCAUACAACAGCAAGAAGGAGGAUCUGCUGUGGCUUCGCUGUCUCGUGCUAUGGAGACCGUCGAUGCAAAUGUACAAUGGCAACAUCUAUACAGGGACGAACUCUUUCAGUGGCUAAGGAAAACAUUAAAACACUGACACAUGAAGUAUUACAAAGUGACUCAUUUUCAGUAACGACAUAUUUUAUGGAAAAGACCAGAAUGCAUGCUGUAAAUUCUUCAGCUACAGCAAAGAUAGGGCACAGUGUGCCUUUCUCUAUUUUUGAACUUGGCUCUUUUUCAAAUCAGAGGAUCCUUUUUCCAAAAAAAAAUCUCAAUGACUGAAACAUAUUCCUAGUAUAAAAAUCAAACUAUUACAUUAAUGUUGCAUGUCAAUGUUUUUUGCAUGGUUGUUUAGUCUGCCUGUGUGUCCAGCAUGCUUUCUAUUAAUGUCCAGGUUUUGUAUUUGAACUGAUGUUUCAUCACGAGUGGGCAUUAUGCAAAAGCACAAUGACUAUAUAUGACAAUCAGUGCAGUAAUGGAAGUAAACAAAGAAGAAACACUCAAGAGGCCAAGUCAAGUAUUAACUCUGUUAAAGCAUUAUCUUUAUUGUAUAUGUACUUCUAGCAUAUGGUUUGUCCAUAAGUGACUAAAAUUUCUAUUAAAACAACAAAUAUUUUGAAAGGUAAACAAUGUAUUAUACAUAUGCAUAUUAAACGGAUUUAUAUUGGUUUUCUACAA